AAUUAGAAAUUCAAAGAAAGGAGAGAGAUUCGGAGCUCCACCCUGUUCUUUUCCUAGUAAAGUCGGAUCCUUUGUUCCUUCUCGCCGUCCACAGAAGUUCAAACUACGCGCCGCCGCCGUGUUCCCCCGCCGUUCGCUCUUGCACAAUCAACACACACGAACACGAACUCCGCCUCAUCUCGUCCGUUACUUCAACGAUUGAAAAACGAAAUUGAUUAUUUUCACAAUCUCUAAUUGUUUUAAGAUUAGAAAAAAAAAAUCCCGACGCCGGAAUUAUUUAUAGGUUCAGGUAAUGGAUAAACAAAUUGCGCUGGGUAACAACGAUAUAGAUGAUGUACGCUGGCUCUGUUCUCUAACCGAAUCCGAACUCGAUUUGCUCAUGGGAUUAAAACAUAUGGCGAACAUGCGAGCCCAGAAAAUCGGCCACGAAUCUCUAGCAAAGAAUUUCAACUUGCGAAUGCUUCGAGAACUCAGUUUCAUUUUUAUGGAGCAUUUGAAAGGGCAGCUAAAAGAUGUACAAGAGGCUUCGGCCUUUGACUGUAACUUAUCGAAGCAAAACGUCAGUGCUAGUUUUGCCAGUAUGACCGUCGAAGAUUUAUAUCCGUACAUUUGUUCCGAUCAGAAUAAAAGAAUCGCAGAAAUGUUUUUCGAAGAUAUGCCUCCCUCCCAAAAGAAGAAAACCAACAACUGGUGAUUCGGUUAGACUUGUCGGCUUUCGUACUUGCCCGUUGUCGUUUAUUUCUCUAGUUUGUACAUUUAGCUUACGAGAUUGUACCCUUGAGUGGCAUCAAUCUGAAUGAGUUUAUAUUAGUUGCUUGACAUUCUGCUAACUCAACACUAGUCCUAACUCCUAAUAUACCAUUUGACUUUAAGGCCUUGUUUGGCCCUCGAAUUUAAGAUUAGCCAAGAUA